GAAGGUAAUUAAUCUCUACGCUUCUCUUUCUGCAAUUACUCCUUGAGAGCAUCUCUCUCUAGAACACUGAGUAUUGCUGACUUGAGCGUCGGAGUGUUCUCCCCGAGGAAACAACCUCGGGAUUUUCAGGUGUUGAAGCAGCUGAGGACUUCAACAGUGUUGGACUGCGAAGCUGCCCAAACAUUUGGCGCCGUCUGUGGGAAUUCGAACAAAAAGUUGUGUGACUUAACAGGCUGCAAGACAAAAUGGUCCGUACCUUUACAGGAGGUCGCCCUCCAAGAAAUGAAAUGGACGAACAGGAGGACACUCACGUAUCUGAGCCCGGCCCAAAUGACUUUAGACCAAUGCCGAGAAAUCUUUUUGUAGGGGGAGCCGAACAGGAUCACCUGAGUGAAACAGAUGACGAAAGAACACCAACUGGGUAUGCAACCCAGCUUGAACAGUUCCAAGUUCCUGCAGGAACAAGACAAAGACCUUCCAGACCGUACAAUUCACAGCAUGAACGACCUGAAAGGUCAACAGAACCUGCUCAGACAACCGAGCUCGAAGAGAGAACCAGAGUUCUCGAAAUGGCAAUGGGAAAAAUCCUUGCCCGUCUGAUUCCUGAUGACCCCCUGAUUCCUUUGCUGAACAGGGAUGCACAACCAGCUGCGGUUGUUGCAACUAGAAACUCCCCCGCCCUAAGCAAUAUAGUAGUGCCGACCAGGCCAAGGGGAAGUGGGAAGUUGAAUAGCGAGCCCAGCUCGUCCAAACAUAGUGAAGAAUUGAUGAGAAAGAACGCAGACCUUGAAAGGCAGCUGCGGGAUGUACAGAAAUCCAUUGACGAGCUGAAAAGCCCCAGGUCGCACCAACAGACCUUGGAUUUGGAUAGUGCUCCGCUGAACCUGUCCAUCACAGCAGAACCCUAUCAAGAGGGAUUCAAAAUUCCCCACCUAGAGACAUAUGAUGGCACGAAAGACCCGGAUGAACAUCUACACACCUAUCAGGCCAUCAUGAGGAUUCAAAACUCCAAUGAUGCCAUGAUGUGCAAAGUGUUCCCGGCGACACUGAAAUCAACGGCCAGAAGAUGGUAUCACAAGCUCCCCAGACAUCCAAUAGAUUCAUUUUCCCAGCUCGCCAAGCUAUUUUCUAACAAAUUUGCGAGCCAAAGGGAGAUCAAGCGCACAGCAACUGAGCUGAUGCAACACUGGGUUAGGAGACCUCCACCCCCACUACAUGAUUCCCCGAGGGCAGAUAAGAGCAAGCAUUGUGACUACCACCGUGUAUAUGGUCACAAUACAGAGGACUGUCAACACUUAAAGGACGAGCUGGAGUUCUUAGCUCGCACUGGGAAAUUAGAGGGAUAUGUUCAGAAGCAUCAUACCCAUCAACCGACUCAAACUCACUUCGUGCAGGGAACAUACAGGGGCCGCCAAUUCAAUAGGCGAGGCCAAGGUCAGGGACCCGCCCCCCAAAACCAAAAAGACAGGAGAGGAAUUGGGUGCAGUGCGAUACCCCCGCCGUCUGGCACAAUCAACAUGAUCUCUGGCGGUAUGCACUCAGGGGGCCAAAGUGCCCGGGCACGGAAGGCAUAUGCCCGGCAGGUGAUGACGGUUAACAAAAACAAGCCUUUAAAGCGACCAUUCGAGGAGGCGGAGUGGGAGAACACACCCAUUACAUUUAGCCUGACAGAUUACAAACGAGCAGACGGAGAGCCGGACGUCAUGAUGCCACAUGCAGAUCCUUUCGUGGCAACGGUUCAUAUAGGCAACCAUAACGUCAAUAAGGUCUUCAUCCAUACGGGUAGCUCGCCAGAUAUCCUGUACUGGAGUUGCUUCCAGAAAAUGCAGCUAAAUCCGAGCUCGCUGCAAAAGCACGAGGGGCCUAUAUAUGGGUUUGACAAUCAGCCCGUGCCGGUUGAAGGAAUAAUUACCCUUCCCAUCUAUGUGGGCUCGGAACCAAGGUUCAGGAUGGCUUCUGUCACUUUCCUGGUCGUCAAGAUGGAGUCAGCUUUCAACGCUAUACUGGGAAGAGCCACUCUUUGCGAGCUGAAGGCUGUCAUAUCACAACCUCAUCUUUGCAUGAAAUUCCCAACUCCUCAAGGGGUAGGAGUGCUUAAUGGAAAUCAAAAGAUGGCCAGAGCAUGUUAUCAAGAUACAUUUAAGAAGGUUGAGCUCGCUGCAGCCCCGAGAGGCUCUGAAAAUAGUAGGCCGACUCAGCCCGGCCAGCAGACAAUGAGCAUAUCGGACAUUGAGCAUAGACCCAAGGGAGUCGAGCAGAAAGCAGAGCCGGUAGAGCCAGUAGAAACCGUUCUUUUAAACCCUGAUGUGCCGGAAAGAACAGUCAAGAUCGGCACCAAGCUCACAAAAGAAGAGCGAGCAGAGCUUUUGGAGUUUUUGAGGGUCAAUCAAGAUGUGUUCGCGUGGGCUACUGAUGAAAUGCCUGGCAUCCCAGCGGAACUGACAGUCCACAAACUCAGCACGGACCCCACCAGAAGACCGGUGGUGCAGAAACGUCGCCUCUUUGGCCCAGAGAAACAAGCUGCCAUAGACGAGGAGGUACAGAAGCUGCUACAAGCAGGCUUCAUCAGGAGAGUGGAGUACUCUGAGUGGGUAUCUAACCUCGUGCUUGUCAAAAAGCCGAAUGGCAAGUGGAGGAUGUGUAUUGACUUCACCAACCUCAAUGAUGCAUGUCCAAAAGACCCUCACCCCUUGCAAAAUGUUCAGUUGCUGUUGGACGACCAGGAGAAGACAGCUUUUUAUGCUGGUGAUGCAAUCUACUGCUAUGUCAUGAUGCCGUUCGGCCUCAAAAAUGCUGGAGCAACAUACCAGAAGCUGGUGCAAAUCAUCUUUAAGCUCCAGAUCGACAGAAACAUAGAAGUAUAUGUGGAUGACAUGAUAGUCACCAGCAUACGAGCUGAGGAUCACAUAGACGACCUGGAUGAAACUUUUCAAAACCUGCGCCGAGCCCAAAUGAAGCUGAACCCUUUGAAAUGCACGUUUGCUGUGGAAUCAGGGAAAUUCCUAGGAUACGUGGUAUCCAAGAAAGGAAUUGAAGUAAAUCCAGAGAAGGUCCAAGCCGUUCAGCAGAUGGAACCACCCAAGACCGUAAAAGAUGUACAGCGUCUGAUAGGUCGGGUGGCUGCGUUGCACAGGUUUAUAGCCAGAUCGGCAGAAAGGUGCCUUCUGUUCUUCAAAGCUCUGCGGGAGCCUAAGAACUUCCAUUGGACUGUUGAAUGUCAACAUGCGUUUGACGAGCUCAAACAAUAUUUAGCAUCCGCACCCCUACUGUCCAAGCCUGUCGAUGGGGAAUGUUUGUAUUUUUAUCUGGGGGUCACUGAAGAAGCAGUGAGUUCAGUGCUACUGAGGGAAGAGAAUAAGAGUCAAAGGCCUAUCUGCUAUGUGAGCAAGGUGUUACAAGGCGCCGAGCAGAACUACCCACUAGCGGAAAAGUCUGCUUUUGCUGUAGUCUGUACAGCUCGUAAGCUGUGGGCUUAUUUUCAAUCUCAUCAGAUUGUCGUUUAUACGGAUUUCCCGCUAAGGAAAAUAUUGCAGAAGCCAGAACUUUCUGGUCGGCUCAUCGGAUGGAGUGUCGAGCUGAGUGAGUAUGACCUCAAAUUUCAGCCGCGCACAACCAUAAAAGGCAAAGCUGUGGCAGACUUCUUGGUUGAAUGUGCCCCGGCGGUUGUGAAAGAAAAGGCACCUGAACACCCAGUUUGGGUUUUGUUUCAGACGACCAAUAACGCUGCAGAAUAUGAAGCCCUCAUCUACGGACUGAAGUUGGCGUCCGAGCUGAAAGUACAAAACAUUCAGGUCUUCAGCGACUCUCAGCUCGUUGUAGGCCAAGUAAAUGGUAGUUGUGACAUCAGGGAUCCGCAGCUCGGUCGUUAUGCCUCUGUGGUCAACAGAUUGAAAUCGGCAUUUGUUUUCUUCCAAAUUGAUAAAAUACCAAGAGCGGAUAACCACCGAGCUGACGAGCUGUCAAAGCUGGCUUCCUCGCAAGACCUUAACCCUCAGAGAUCGACAAUUGUCGAGAUACUUGACGCCCCGAGCUACACCGAUUCCACAGUCGAAUGUCAGCUGCUGAGCACAGACCCUUCUGUGCCAAGCUGGACCACCCCGCUCAUAAAUUAUCUGCAGGAUGGUGAGCUACCUGAAGACCAGGCCGCUGCAAAAUUGGUUAAACGUAGGGCGGCACAUUUCACUUUGUUAAAUAACCAGCUCUAUAAACGAGCAGCCUCAAUGCCCCUACUACGCUGCCUUACUCCUUAUGAAGCCGAAUACGCCGUAAGGGAAGUUCACGAAGGAGUAUGUGGCACACACAUAGGCGGUAGGACUCUAGCUCGGAAGCUCCUGAGGCAUGGAUAUUACUGGCCAACCAUGGUUGAGGACGCACAGAGUUAUGUCAAAAAGUGCCCGACCUGCCAGUUCAACGCUGAUGAUAUUCACAUGCCAGGGGAAAUGCUAUCAUCUCUUACAUCUCUCUGGCCCUUUGCUCAAUGGGGUGUCGACCUGCUCGGCCCUUUCAUUAAAGGCAAAGGGGGCUGCACCUUCCUGGUCGUUGCAGUGGAUUACUUCACUAAAUGGAUAGAAGCUAAACCAUUGUCCACGACAACGGAAAGGAAAAUAGAAGAAUUCUUGUUCAAUUCAAUAUUGUGCAGGUUCGGCAUACCUAAGCGGAUUAUCGCCGAUAAUGGGCCACAGUUCCGAGCAGCAGCACUGAGAUCGUUCUGCAAAGACUAUGGCAUUGAGCUCUCCUUGACAUCGGUGUACACCCCGCAGUCAAACGGACAGGCCGAGUCGGCUAAUAAGAUCGUCUUGCGGGGCCUCAGGACACGUGUUAUAUCCGCACAUUCUAACUGGGUUGACGAGCUCAAUAAAGUACUUUGGUCAUGUCGCACGACACCCAGCUCGGCCACGGGAGAAACCCCGUUCAGCCUGGCAUACGGAGCUGAGGCCGUCAUCCCUGUUGAGGUCGGUCUACCAUCUGCUAGGUCAGAUUGUCAUGACGAUCAGAUUAAUAGGCAACUCUUAAGAGAGAACCUAGACCUAGUGGAGGAAGCCAGGGAAAUGGCUCGAAUUAGAAACAUGACACACCAAGGUAGUGUAGCAAGAUUCUAUAAUAAAAGAGUCCGAGCUCGUCAGUUUCAGGUCGGCGAUCUAGUAUUACGUAAGGCUGGGUUAACUAACACAUAUUCCCACAUGGGCAAGCUUGCCCCUAAUUGGGAAGGUCCAUACAAGGUUGUUCAAGUUAACCGACCUGGAUCUUACAUAUUGGCAGAUCUGAACGGGCGCCAGUUACCGUUCACAUGGAAUGUUCAGAACCUUAGAAAAUUUUACAGUUGAUUUGUAUUAUUGUAGAAAAUUUGAAUAAUGUAUGAACAGUUAC